AUGACGUCCUCUUUCUCCCUUCUUGAAGAGGACCUCUCAUGUCCCAUAUGUUGUCAGAUCUUUAAAGAUCCAGUGAUUCUGUCCUGCAGUCACAGUUUCUGUAGGACAUGUCUAAAGCAGUACUGGGCAGUGAAUUUGGGAAGAGAAUGUCCUGUUUGCAGGCGUCGGUCGUCAAAAGAACAUCCUCUUCUUGAUCUGGCUCUGAGGAGCGCCUGUGAAUCUUACUCGCAGCAGAAGAAAAGGGAUGAUGGUGACCCGGUGGGUGUUCUGUGCUCUCUGCACUCUGAGAAGCUCUGUCUUUACUGUGUGGAUGAUAAGAAGCUGGUGUGCGUGCAGUGUGUAUCUCAGAAUCAUCAGAAUCAUCACUUCUGCUCCAUCAGCAAAGCUGCUGUUCCACACAAGGAAAAACUUCAAAAUCAUCUAAGAAGCUUGGAGAGGAAACUUCAAGUUGUCAAAAAAAUUAAAGAUGUCAGUGACAAGGAAGCUACACAUAUCACGUCUCAAGCCAUGCAGACAGAAAGACAGAUAAAGGAGGAGUUUGAGAAGCUUCACCAGUUCCUCAGAAAAGAGGAGGAGGCCAGCAUUGUGGCACUGAAAAAAGAAGAAGAGGAGAAGAGCCAGAGGAUGAAGAAGAAGAUUAAAGAACUGGGUAAUCAGAUACAGGAUAUAAGUGCUAGGAUCAGGGAAUUAGAGGAGAAGCUGAAGGACGAUGCUCUGGUUCUGCAGGAUUUUCAGAGAACAUGUGAAAGAGCUCAGUACACACGGUCAGAUCCCGAACUGGACUCAGGAGCUCUGAUUGAUGUGGUCAAACAUCUGGGGAAUCUGAGAUAUAGAGUGUGGGAGAAAAUGAAGGAUCUCACUCCUUAUUUUCCAGUGAUUUUGGACCCAAAUACGGCAAACUCCUCCCUCAUUCUGUCUGAAGAUCUGAGCAGUCUCUCAUGUUCUUCUACAAACUCUCUACUUCCAGAGAACCCAGAGAGGAUAAGUGCGUAUAGUGGGGUUCUAGGCUCUGAAGGUUUCUCCUCAGGAACACACAGCUGGGAGGUGGAUGUUGAAGGUAAUGAGAUGUGGAUUGUAGGAGUGGCUGAAGAAUCAGCCAGCAGAAAAGAAUCUCACGGAGCGGUUCCAGAGAAUGGGUUUUGCUGCAUAUGGAGGAAUACUGAUGUGAUUCUAGCGGGAAUUUCCAAAACGUCUGUUCAGACACUCUUGACGAAGCCAACCAUCAAGAGAAUCCGUGUGACGCUGACCUGGGAGAGUGGUCAGGUGACUUUUUCCAACUCUGAUAACAACGCAAACUUGCAUACCUUUACCUACAGAUUCACCAAGAAGAUGUAUCCAUACUUUUACAGCAACAGCAAAAGCUCCCUGAAAGUUCUACCUGCCCACGUCUCAGUCAAGUAGGAGCAGCAUGAGCCAAAGAAUCCGGCUAAUUAAAGACAUUAUCAGGGUUGGGAGGGUUACUUUAACUUUUUUGUACAUCCAUCCAUUUUCCAAAGCACUUCUCCGUCAGGGUCGUGGGGGGGUGCUGGAGCCCA